AUGGGUUCCAACGCAGCUUCCACUUCCCGCACAUUCCUCGCCUACCAGCACGACGCGAACCUCCACCUGCACGACACCAUCGUAGCAGCCGUCCUGCCCUUCUCCGCGCUCGAAGAGCCCAACCGUCUUCUUUUCAAACAAGGCAGCGAGGACGAUCAUGUCGUAAUCACAGAGCAAACCAUCUUUCAUCCCCAAGGCGGCGGCCAGCCCUCCGAUGUGGGAAGCAUGACCUUCGCCACCACCGCCACCAAGUUCGCCGUGACAGCCGUGCGGAUGGGUCAAGCCCAGCACGACGGGCAGGUGCUCCAUCUGGGCCGCUUUGAGUCGAGCGAUGGAGUCGAGAUGGCGGCAUUCAAGCCCGGCGACUCCAUUCAGCAAGCAAUCGACGUCGAGAAACGGACCCUGUACUCGCGCCUGCACACCGCCGGCCACGUCCUCGGCGCAGCGGUGCGCCAUCUCCUCGAGAACGAGGUCGAGGGCUUCGACGAGCUGAAGGCGUCGCAUUUCCCGGAUCUCGCCAACUGUGAGUUUCGGGGUUUGAUUGAUGGGAAGUGGAAGGAUCCCAUCCAGGCCAAGCUGGACGAGUAUCUUGCUGCCAAGCUGCCGGUGCAGGUGGAGUGGUGGGAUGAGGAGGAUUUCCGGGCCAACGGUCUGGAGAGGUUGAUUCCCGAUCGCGAGCUGCUGGGCGUCCCGGCCGGUGAGAAGUUUCGCGUCGUCAAUAUUGUCGGGGCGGAGGUCUACCCGUGUGGAGGCACACAUGUUGAGACUACUGAUCGGUGUGGGCCGACGAAGGUGAGGAAGAUCUCGAGGAGUAAGGGGAUCUCGAAGGUUAGUUAUGCGGUAGAGUGA